AUGAGCCAAGAGAGGAGAAAAUCCAGUUUGGAGCAAGGAGGAUGUUGCAAUGGACAGGAAAGAGAGAAGCACUCAGCAAAAAGAAUGGAGCUAAUGGAACCUGGAUUGGUUUCUCAACCUCCAGAGCUCUGUCAACGUGUGAGUGUUUCAGAACAACUUGAUGGUGUUGAGAAUGAUGAUGAACAUGACGCUGACUUGAACAACUCAGACAGAGGGAAGAUUAAGAAAAUUGUGCAUUCAAUUGUAUCAUCCUUUGUAUUUAGAAUUUUCAUAGUCUUCCUGAUUUUCCUGGAUAUAUCGCUUGUCAUAAUAGACCUUGUUUUCACUGAUAAAAUUUAUAUUCCUUUGGGAUAUCGGCCAAUUUCCCUAGUUACUGCUUCAUUGUUUUUCCUGGAUCUUCUUCUUCAAGUAUAUGUAGAAGGGAUACGGCAUUAUUUUUCUGAUGUACUUAAUAUCUUAGAUGCUAUCAUUAUUGUGGUGAUUCUGCUAUUUGACAUCAUUUACAUUUUUUAUAACAUUCAGUUUGUUGGAGAUAUUCCCAGAUUGGUAGUUUUAUUUCGGCCUCUACGACUUAUGAUUAUAGUAAGAUCUUUUCAUCUGGCUCAUCAAACAAAACAUCUUGAACAGCUGACCAGAAGGAUGGUUUCAGGAAACAAAAGGCGAUACACACAUGGAGGAUUUGAUCUGGAUCUCACUUAUGUUACUGAGCGUAUUAUUGCUAUGUCAUUUCCAUCUUCCGGAAAGCAGUCUUUGUACAGGAAUCCAAUUAAGGAAGUUGUGCGGUUCCUAGACAGUAAACAUCAGAACCACUAUCAAGUCUACAAUCUAUGCAGUGAGAAAGAAUAUGAUCCAAAGUACUUUCAUAACAGAGUUUAUAGAAUCAUGAUUGAUGAUCACAAUGUCCCCACUCUGCGCCAGAUGGUGGCGUUCUCUAAAGACGUCGAUGAAUGGAUGUCGAAAGAUAAGGAAAACGUCGUAGUGAUUCAUUGCAAAGGAGGCAAAGGCCGAACAGGAACUAUGGUUUGUGUCUGCCUUAUUGCCAGAGGACUCUUUUUAACUGCACAGGACAGCCUUCAUUAUUUUGGAGCACGACGAACAGAUAAAACCAGCAGCACUAAAUUUCAGGGAGUAGAAACUCCUUCUCAGAAUAGAUAUGUUAGAUAUUUUGAAGAAGUGAAACAUAUCUACCAUUGGAAUCUUCCUCCAAGAAAAUUGCUCUUGUUAAAAAAAUUGAUUAUUUAUUCAAUUCGUGGACUCGGAUGUGGCAAUGGAUCUGAUCUAACCAUGCAAAUGAUAAUGAAGCAAAAGCUUGUUUAUUCCUGUUCUUCUUCAAAAAAUGCUAGGAUUUUUCAUGACAGUGAAUCAAACAGAGUAAUAAUACAUAUAUUCAGCUGUCCACCUCUGUACGAUGAUGUGAAAAUGCAGUUUUUCAUUUGUUCUGGUGUUCCUAAAUACCAUAACAAGUGCCAAUUUUUCUUUUGGUUUCAUACAUCUUUUAUAAGGAAUAGCAGGCUUUAUCUACCAAGAAAUGAAUUGGACAAACUCCAUAAACCAAAAACAUGGAAAAUUUACCAGCCAGACUUUGCAGUAGAAAUUUAUUUUGAGGAGAUAAUAAUCUAGAGUUGUGUUGUAAGGCGAGUAUCUGGUUGCCAAGGACAGAAUUACUGUCCUCCCAGUCCCCUUCACAUUUAUGUCUUCUAAGCCUAUUUCCUUAUUAUAAACAUAUUCUUGAGAAAUACAUUAAAUAUAUACAA